GGACAGUCGACACAGGAUCUUGAGAAUUCUCGCCUUGGCGUUCUCGUUUACGUGCUCGGAGCUCUGAUAAUGGAUGCUCUCUCUUGCACCUGACGCUGUAACUUGACCAGAAAACCCAUAUCACCACAAUACCACCCACUCGCUCAUCCGCCCACCCAGGAUGAUCCUUACUCUUGACCAGGACGGCGACGCGCGCCAGGCCAACUUCAUCGACCACUGCGGGCAGGUCCUGUACAAAACCGACACGCCGUGGAGACUCGGGCACCGCACAACCACUAUUGUUAAGGCGCCUCUCGCCGUCCCUGGCAUGAGCGGAGGCCCCGUUCCCGGGUCGAUCGUCGCCGAAAUUGAGUGGGGGUUUGUCCACAAUCGGUUUAGGUUUGAAGGGCAGGAGCUCGAGGCGGGGGAUUUCAUCCCAUGGCGUGGAUUUAUGGGAAGGAAACGUGCUUUCAAUGGCCCCGACGGACGCGAAUACGAAUGGAAGAUGUGCGAUAACCUGACGAGCUGCGAGCUGCGUACGGCACCAGACAAACACACCAUCGCGCGCUCGCAUCGUGAGCACUUCCACUUCUUCUCCGACAACGAGCCGCCCAUGCUCGAAAUCUUUCCGGAUGGAUAUCACAUGGUCGACGCGAUUGUCAUGACGUUCGUUUUCGUCGAUCAUCUCCGCAGGGAGAAGAGACAGAGCCAGCGGCGUCGUAGACGGUAGGGCGCGUUGAGUGCGCUACUCGCUUUCUUUCUUUUGCAUGCUGCACUUUGAAGUUAGUCUGUCGUCAACUUUAAUUCAGUUGAAUCCACGAGUUCACGAUACGUGCUGCGGGGUAUGUUGCCCCGAGAUUAUUGUAUAAGGCGUUGGAUGGUGUACGCCAGUUUGUAGUAUACCCCAAAUACC